AUGAAAUAUGGUGAUUGCGCUCAAACCUUGACCUUUGAUUUCAGUUUUUGCUUAUAGUUGUCUCUUUAAAUUUCCAAUCUCAAAAGAAACAAUCGUGUUAAUUCACAUAAAAUUAAACAAAAAUAUAGAGCUUAGGAGUUAAGAGCUGAGAUGAACAGUUGCGAUUCUAUUGUCCCGUUUGGGUCGAUAGGCUGGGGGUUUGCUUUCAAGCCAGCACCUACAGAAGCCCAGAUUCCUUGGAAUUCCUGAGUAAAUUUCUGCCGAUGCCCUUUCCAUUCCACAUUCUAGAAUCUAUAUGUACAAAUUCCUGACAAUUCCUAGGAGGAGGAGAAGAAGAAGAUUGCAGCCUACGUCCUUUCAGUUCUUAUACAAACAUUAGAUGCACACCUAAUUCGAGCGCACAAUCGAUUCCGUGCUCAAAAAAGCAACCGAAGCCUCUAAUUUUCAUCCAUAUCCAACCUCCAGAUCAAUUCAAAAUCCUUCCUUUCGUAUUCUCUCUAUUGGAUUUCGUCUUUGGGUUAUUUAGACUGUUCUGUUUGAGGGGUUUUAAGCUGGUGGAUUUUAAUUACUGGCCGGUUCUAUUGUCUGGGUUAUCUCCAAAUGGUCUAUUUCUGUAGCUCGAUUUCUUUCUGCAAGUCCUUUGAUCAUCCUACAGAUAUGGCGAUUCCUUUCUCUUCGACCGACCCGUCUAGUAACAACAGGCAUCAAUUCCAUAGGAACAGAAAGCAAAUCAAUGCUUCCAAUCCCCUGAAGAAUCAUCAACCUUGCGAUCGGUCUCGGACAGCCGCGGUGGAUGUGGUGAUCUUGAUUGCAGUUAUUGGCGCCUCUGGGUUUUUGGUGUUUCCUUAUCUCCAGCUAUUCUGCCAUGGAAUUGUUGAAAUUAUGGGGGCAACACUAUCUGUGGUGAAAUACGAGGUGUGUCGUGCUCCGAUGGUUUAUGCAUCUCUUGGACUCGGCAUAUUUUUUGCAAUAUUAGGUGCUUGGGGCAUUUCCAGAUGCGCAGGUAAGAAAUGUUGUAACCCAAAUUGUCGUGGCCUUCGCAAGGCGGCAGAAUUCGAUAUCCAGAUUGAGACCGAGGAGUGUGUGAAGAAUUCUACUUCUUCUUUAGUGAAAGAUCGCAGUAGUAGUAGUAGUAGUAGAAGUAGUAAAGGGCUUUUCGAGUUGGCUCAAGAUCACCACAGAGAAUUGGAAUCCGAGCUAAGGAAGAUGGCGCCUCCUAAUGGGCGAGCGGUUCUCGUUUUCCGGGCACGAUGCGGAUGUUCUGUUGGUAGAAUGGAAGUUCUGGGGCCGAAGAAGCUUCGAAAGAUCAAGAAAUAGGCGAAUAUGACUGGUGAUGGGUAGGCAGGAAUCGAUAUAUUAAAGCUUCAACCUUAACAAGAAUAUUGCUUGUAAGCUCAACCUCCUCUGAUCUAAGAUGGUGCUUAAAUAAGUGGAUGGCAAUAACCAUACGGGGCUUGUCUAUUAAAGGUUGUAUAAACAUCGUUUCUUCUUUAUUUCUUUAGCUUUUCAGAAUUAUUGUUCCUAGUUGAAGUUUUAUAGAAAAUUUCAUGGUCGCAAUUUGUCUUAAUUCUUGCAAUUAUAGAAUUUUUGAAUCUUCUUACUUUAUGAUUUCUAACCGAGUUCACCAAAUCUGAAAUGAUUUCAAAUCUGUAUUAAUUUAAUUUUGAUUUCUUGUUUAUUAUAUUUUUAAUCUAUGUGACUGCAACACAAAGAGAAAGAGUAAAUUAAACAAAGAAUUAACGAGAAUAUCUUAAAGACAGCUAAAAAAGUAAGACUUAACAAUAUAUAAACCAUUGUACCAAAAAUUUUAUAUAUAUAUAUAUAUAUAUAUACACCAAGUUUUACUCCUUUUACAUAGAGUUGGUACUGUUUUUCCACUAAUUCUCCCUUUUCUCUGUUUUGCUAAAGAUUUCUCAAUGAUUGUGCUUUUAUGGAGGCUCACAAAAUGCUUGAUUUCAGUGCACUUUAAUAAGUUAAGCUGUAAAACUCCUGUUUGCACCUUGCUUCACUACAAUCUGUUCUAGAACAUAUACCAAGAAGUUGAACACUCUAGAAAUCUGUACUUCAUGUUAUACGUUUGAUGCAAUCCCAGCAGAUCUUUCAGAUGUUUGUGCUUUUAAAAUAGAGUUUGUGUGGGAUGUUAUACAAGAGAAAUAAGAGGCUUAAAAUUUGGGCAACUAGAGUUUCUGAUUAUUAAGACCUAAUAUGUGGGAACUUCGAGGUUUUUUAUUGUUCUGAUGGAUUUAUUCCAUGUUAUUUAUCAUUUUCUUUGGAUCAAUCAAUGGCUUUCACAAAUCAAAUCAAGUCACUUCUAACAUGGCAUAUUUGGCUAAUAAAUAGGCAGCCUCAUUAGACUCCCUUCUAACAUGGCAUAUUUUGUGAGAUGGAAGGCUAGAGAUGAUACUUCUGCAAUCAAUGGCAAGCGUAUGGAUACGCCAAGGAGGGAAAGUGACCCAUCCAACAGAAGUUGGCAAAUAUUUUGGGAGUUGCCUUCCAUAAUAAGUGAAAUUGCCGUUCAACCAGGAAUUUCAGACCUUAAUACAUUGCUGUAGCUUCAGCCUCUAGAGGAGAUAAAUUGUCCAAGGGAAUUGAUCUGGCAAAUACUAAAGCGCCCAUAUGGUCUCUAAUGAGGAAUCCAGCACCAGAUUUGAGAGUCCAACUGCCCUGUCUACAUUUAGUUUGACCAUACCGCGAGGUGGUCUACGCCACUGUUGUUGGUGUCCAUAGUGACUAUCUUGGUGUGCAGAAUGAGUAAUGGGAAGCUGUGGAGCAGCACAAAGUGUGGUAUAAUAGGAAUUAGCUUGUAAUAAGACGGUGGCUGGGCUGAAAACCUUGUGAUUGAAGUAAUGGUCAUUUCGACACUUCCAAAUGUUCCAUAGAACUAAGGACCCAAGAUCAUAUCUUCAUUAAUUAGAUGAAGUUGAGUGAGAUCCAGUAUCAGAAAUAAUUUCUCAGGAAUUACAAAAUCAAGCAAAUUAUCAUCUUGAGUUGAAGUUUGUUGGCACUAAGGCAUUCAAGAUCCAUAUUCUUAACAAUUUCUUCCCUAAAACAGUCAAGACAAAGGACCUUUUGCAACUGGUUGAGUGUAGCUGCACAAUCAUUUCUUGCCGAAGUGGGAGAAUCUCUCUCCUACUCAAUGGUCCAUGGUAAAAUGUAUCUUUUCACCUGAAAUGGGAUGUCUUUUUUGUUUCAUGACAUCAAGGACAAGAAUACAGACUAAUAAUUCUAUUUUAUAGGCUGAUAGCCUGAUAACAUGUUUUUUUCCUUAAUGGUUGCUUUUUUUUUCCAAAUUCAAUAGAACUUCUAAGUUGUAACAUAUUGGAACUUUACUAAAUCUCAACUCAACUAAGCCUUGUCCCAACUAUAUGGGGUCAGCUAGGAAUUCUCCUAUAAAUUAUUUGUUAAAUAAUGUAGCUUGUAUAUAUUUUGGAUGUUUCCAUGCAAUGCAGUUUGAACUUUUUGUGUUGCAGUAUAAUAUCAGUUUCAUUGGUGUGUGAUAUUAGUUGAGGUAUAUCAAGCAUGUUUAGUUAUCUGAGAAUCACGGUUCCAGCUCCUCUUCUACACCUCUUCUUGCUCUUCUACUACCAUCCAGGGUAACAAAAAAAUUCUACUGACUACAUCCCAUUAAAUCCAUUGUGUGGUCGGGGAGUGCUACUCAGCUCCACUUAGAGUGCGUUGCUUGAAUGCACCUCUUUAACAUCAGGUGCACUAAAGAGCAGUCUUAACAGGGCAUAAUUGAAAGUAAAGGUUCUAAGUUCUGUCUUGGACACUUGGACAUGCAACACUUCUUGUAGCAUUUCCUGGGAUAUUCCUAGCUGAAAUCAGAACAAAACCAUCACUAGGGUUGCAACUUGGACAGGUUUGGGUUAACUGAUCCGUAAAAAUUUGAGUGGGUUCAGUUCGAGGGCCUGCCCCAAUGCUGUGUAAAAUUUUCAAAUUGGGUACCAGACUUUCAACCCUGGCCUUCACGCUUAGUACUCAAACAAGAUACACUUGAUUCAUCUCAACUCAACUAAGCCUUAUCCCAACUAUAUUGUGUUGGCUACAUUAAUCCUGUUCUGCCAUUCUGCUCUGUUCAUUUCCAUGUCCACUGUUAAACUCAAACAAGAUAUCAUGAGGAAAAAACAUCUGAACGGUGUCCACUUAAUUUCUUAGUUUUACUUUAUUUUUAACUAUUUAUAUAAUUAAGUACUCUUUAUGGCCAUAUCCCUAUGGACACCUGAAUAGUUACAAGGAAGCACCAAUAAAAGUUCCUUAUUAUUAACUCUUAUGUGUACAGAUGAAUAUAAAGAGUUAUUAAUAGUACAGAAGGGAUAUGCUAGUGACUCCACUCUGCACCACUCAAGAUCACUUUUCAUCAAAACAUUCGGGAAAAGGAAAACAGAUGGAACCUUUAUUAGUGCUUCCUUGUAAGCUGCAUAGUUGCCAAUUAUAUAAAUUGUUAAAAAUGGGUCAUUGCUUGAUGCAAUGGUAAAAUCUCGGGCUGACAGAGGACAUGGUCCAACUUUUAUAGUGGCCAUUUUCUGCCCAAAAAAAAAAA